GUUUUCCCCUGUUCAAACUCGCCAUAUGGUCAAGACUCAAGGCUGCAGCUUCGCCAAUACAACUUUAUAGAAUCGUUUCUAAUAACACGGUUUUUAAAUGAGGUUCCGGUGCAUAAGCUGAUCUUCAAUUGGCUUAUCUGUUUAUCGCCAUUGAAUUUUUUCCGAGAGCUUAAUGGAGGAGAGGAUGCACCAGAAGCUAAUCCAGACUGAAUGUAUAUUAGACGGCAACCCCACGGGCUGUGACGAGCAGAUUGACCACGGGACUCCUCCCAGGUGUCCAUAAAACCAACGGUCAACGGAUGCCCUUGAACUUGCUUCUUCCAUCAUGGACAAGGUUGAAGUACCGCGCUCAAGCGCCCCCGGGCCCGUUGAUCUGGAAGUUUUGCCGAGACUGGAAUCUUACCGUGGUCAUAACAGGAAAGACGAAGAAACCGAAUUCGGUAGCACUAUAACGUAUGAUCCAGUAGUUCAACGCUCCCUCCUUCGCAAAUGUGACUGGUUCAUUCUUCCUCCAUUAACCUUCAUGUAUCUAUGCAAUGCUUUAGAUAAGGGUAAUGUGGCGAAUGCUAAAACAGAUGGAUGGGAUAAGGAUAUUGGUUUAACGGGGGACCAGUACUACCUUCUUGUUAUGAUUUUUUACGUCCCAUUUUGUCUUUUUGGGACGCCUAUCUCAAUAUUCGUCAAGAAAUUCUCAGCAGCACGCGUGCUCCCGCUCAUGAUGAUAGGCUUCGGUGCAAUGUCUCUCUUUACGAGCAUCGCCAAGAAUUUCUCGCAGAUUUUCGCAAUCCGGUGGUUCCUAGGCAUCUUCGAAUCUGCCAUGUUACCAGGUGUUGUAUAUUACUUGUCCACGUUCUACAAACGCGGAGAACUCGCUUCAAGAGUGGGGUUAUUUUAUGCCGCUGCUGCGAUAGCUGGCGCAUUUUCUGGUCUUAUCGCAUUUGGGGUAUUCCAGAUAAAAAAUCCUCGCCACCAUGCUUGGCAAUACUUAUUUUGGAUUGAAGGUUCUGGUACAGUCACCUUUGCACUCUUCGCAUUUUUCUGGCUGCCUCGGACCAGUGAUACAUGGUGGAUCUUAACAGAAGAAGAAAAAGCCGUCGCUCGACGAAGGAUUCUGGAAGAUAGCUCCUCAGAGAUCAACGAGAAAUUUUCGUUCCGAGAGGCCUUCCGACCAUUUAAAAACCCGCUAUACUGGGUUUGGGCGAUGAUCAGUCUGUCUCUUGGCGUUCCAUUGGCGAGCGUCAACAAUUUUCUGCCUCAGAUCGUUGCAAGUCUCGGGUAUUCGACUGUCAAGACAAACCUGUUCACUGUUGCUCCAAAUAUUGUUGGCACUGUCGCCUUGCUAGUCUUAACAUUCUCAUCUGACUACUUCCGCGAGCGUUCCAUUCACAUAAUGAUUCCCUUGGCUGUGUCUCUGGCUGGAUUUGUCCUUUUAGGAUGUAUAAACCCCUUAGCCCAUCGCGGUGUAGCAUAUUUUGCAUGCUUUCUAUUGACAGCUGGGGCAUCAGCGCCAUCAGUACUAGUAGCAACUUGGUACAACAACAACACACCCCAAGAAUCUAAACGAGCAGUGGUUACAGCGGUGAUGGUCGCCUUGGCCAAUGCUUCAGGUUUGAUAUCCACCAAUGUAUUCCGAGCACAGGAUGAACCCAAAUACGUCCCAGCUUUGGCAACUUCCGCUGCUUUUGGAGGGUUGUGUUUGAUUUUGGUUGCGAGCACUGGGAUCUGGAUGAGAUGGGAGAACAAGAGACGUGACAAAGUCCAAGGAGUUGUUCUUUCAGCUGGCGACAUUCCAACAGAGACCUUGAGCGAAGGUCCUUUAAAUCCCUCAUUUAGAUUCAUGUAUUGAGAAGCCAGUUUCCUUAUACAAACGCCACGAAGGAAGAACGUUUAUUGAGGCUGCGAUGCUAAAGAAAGUAA